GGAAAAUUAAAGUUUCCAAACUACCAACAGAACAGGUCAUAACUGGAAUACAGAUCCCAGCACCCAAAGCAAGGUUACUGAUAAAGCAACUGGUACUGAAUAGGGAAGAUCAGAGAUAUAGUGAGGAGUAGCGAUAUACUGGGAAACAUUUUCCUGGGAGGAAUUACUUUAUAUGCUUCAGUAAAGAAUAGAGAUUUGUCCUGCGAGUUAGGGACUGAUAAGUCAGUAACUGGGAGAUAGUAUUGAGGAUGUUUUGUGUACUUAGGGUUAGGACUUAGAAACUGGUUUCUACUGGCACUAAAGGAUAACGUUUUUUAAUUGGUGCACGGUACACAAGGUUAUAGGAAUGGUUCUCUGCUGGUAGACAGAGAAAGUGAGAGUGACAGGGACUGGUACCCAGUUUGAAGCUGGAAGUUUGUGUGCACUGGGAAGGAGGGAGAGUGAAGCACUGGUGUGGAGAGACUGGUGCAUACUGGGAAGGAGGGACAGUGAAGAGGGUCCAUUGGAAAGAUGCCACGCUCGUUCCUGGUGAAGAAGCGACAGGGUCUAUCAGGGGCUCGACGCAGGAGGGAGACCCCCGAACAGCAGCAUGGAGACGGAUACAUACCAGAGCCUUGCCCCCUGCCAGCCCCUGUCCUCGAGCCAGCCCCAGAGUCACAGACUAGAGAGGGGAAGACAGCGGAAGAGUGGCGGACACAGACUCCCGACCUGGGGGGGCUACAGCCCCCCGGAGACAGCCUGCAUCAGUACAACCCCAGUGUGGUCCCACAUCCCACUCCACGAGCCAAGGGUCGCUUGGCUCACUCGCAUGGUGACUUCCUCUGCCCGGUCUGUAACAAGGUGUUUCCGCUGCAGCGCAUGUUGACGCGUCACCUCAAGUGUCACAGCUCUGUGAAGAAGCACGUGUGCUGCUACUGCACCAAGGGCUUCAACGACACCUUCGACCUCAAGAGGCACAUGCGCACGCACACAGGUAUACGUCCGUACGGCUGUGAGCUCUGUGAGAAGGCCUUCACUCAGCGCUGCUCCCUCGAGUCUCACUUGAAGAAGAUCCACGGUGUGACUCAGCAGUACGCGUACCGCGAGCGGCGCUCCAAGAUCUUCGUGUGCGAGGACUGCGGCUUCACCUCCGUCAGCGGGGAGGAGUACUUCCUGCACAUGCGUGAGCGCCACCCGGGCAGCCCUGCGCUGAGGCGAUACUUCCGCAGGCACGGCGCCAGCGCUGCCAGCAAGCUGGGAGCAGUGCUGCUGUACCCGGGGUACUAUCUGUGACAGCCAGCCUCUGGGACCCAGUGCAGUGCCUGGGACUCACAACCAGUGAGAUCGAGGACACUGCCUGGGACUCACAACCAGUGAGAUCGAGGACACUGCCUGGGGCUCACAACCAGUGAGAU